AUUGCAUGUUUAUUUAAUUUUACAACAAAUUAAAUUUAAAAUGUAAAUAAACUCAUUACUAGAUUACUGUAAAUUAAAUUAGUCGACUUUAGCAGCAAGGAUUUUGCGCGAUUUUGAUUGGUUUAGUGCGCGAGUGAAGCAAACAAGCCAUCAAUCAGUACUGUAUAUUUUUGAAACUAACAAAAGGUUUCUGAUUGUGUUGAAAUGUGCAUAUUCUACGAAAUUAAAGGCCUGUAAUGAAACAUUCGAUAUUGCCUCCGGCUGUGGCAAUGGAGGGACUGUGGUGAGUAAUCUUGGAAAUCGCCCAGUGGAUCUGCUAUAUCCGUUAAUCCCCUCGGUCUAAGCGGGCCUAACUAUCACUUCAAAAUGAGCUCGGCUGUAUAGGGCCAAACUCUAUGGGAGAAAUGGAAUCACCCCCAUCAAGUUCCAGCUGGUCUCACCCUUUGAUUUUAAGCGACGACAGCGGUUUAUUAUUAACCACUGGGUCAUUUUCUAGUGAAAAUACCAGUUUCGAAAGCAAGAGUGAGCCCCGACAUUUUCUAUUUGAGGACAGUGAUUGUGAGGAAAGGUCUUUGUCACAAGACGAGUCUUUCGAUGGCAUGUCGGACGUGAUGUGUGGGGAGCAUUUCAAUACGUUGAAAAAGGGCCCGCAUUGGACGGAAGUGAAGCAGAACGUAUCCCCCAUUGAACCGCCGCCAGAGUUUCAAGAUCGGCCUAAAGCUCUGUCCCCCCAGUUGGUGGACUUUUUUUGUGAUAGAUUAACCCAUCAGAUUUUAAAAAGAGUCAUGCUGGAUUUCAGAGAAGAGUGUUUCGGGCACUUCAGGUCUUAUUCUUCAAAUAGUCUGCAACAACAGGAACACCCUAUAUCGCCGCCACCCUUGCCUUCUAGAGCUAUGAACCACAAACAACCUCUUAUCCGCCCGCUGCCAGAACUCCCCGCAGGGUUUACCCGAGCCAUUCCAGCAAUAAGCAAAUCCACCACUUACCUGAGCUACUCUUCGCCUCACAGAAGCCACAGCAUGUCUUACCAGCAGUCAUAUCCUAGUCCCACUUCAAAUUUUGCCAGUUCCGCCUCGAACUUUGCCAGUUCUGCUUCUCCCUAUGUGGGUCACACUCCAAGACCUUCUUCGCGAUCUUCUUUGGGCGGCUCUUCACGCCUUAGCUCUUCGCACAACUCCCUUUCGGUGUCCCACGCCAGGCGGGUGGAUGAUUCCUCAUUUAUUACUCAAGCAGUGUCCCAUGACACUCUUUCAUCUAACCAGAUCAGUGACCUUUACAAUGUGCCCUUUGAUAGCGAUAUGUAUGCGGUCCCAGUCGAUAUGGUUAAAGAGCCUGGAGUAAAGCCCAAAAGAAGCGGUCCUUAUGCCUGUUUGGGAGGCAAUCUCAUACUGGGGCAUAGGAGAAGAGGGCGCACUUCCACAGGCUUAGGACUGAGGGAUGAAGGAAAGCCGAGUGGCAGCGAUUGUAGGGCUAGUCAGCUGAAAAUGGGCAGAAAGAGUGCAGCAAGAAGCGAGCAGCCUCAUUGGACUUUCAAGCCGGAAACAAAGCGUCAUAGUGUAGCGGGCACCUCCACUGGCGAACCAAUACACAUGACACUGCAAGAGGUGAGAACUUACCUCCAGGCUUUGUACUCGAGUAGUUCAGACUCGAGCGAAGUAAAGGAGGUGAGCUGCAGGAAAAAGUACUGUACCAACGGGAUAUUUGUCAGUACUAAUAUCAACAACAACAAUAAUAGCAAUAAGUACCAGUCAAGGAGUAUAGGACACAAUCAGAUUAUAACCAGGCCUAAAAAAUCAACAUUUUUGAUCAACAUAAAGAACAAAAAGGUGAAGGACAGUUGUGAUAACUCCAAGACGUUGACUAUUUCACCUGUGAAGAAGGAGAGCAAAAAGCGGAAGAUUUUCAGCUUCAAGCAGGCGCUGUGCAAUAUAUUUAGGUUUAGGAAGUUCCUUUCAGUUGAAGAAAAAGUAAGUUACCCGCCCGAAAAUUCCAGGCCUAAGCGAUUUUUUAACUUGUAUUAUGUGCAGGAUAAAACUGAUUCUGAUAAAAUGCAAUAUGACCUGGGCGCGAAUAAUGGCGAAGAGCUAAAAACCUCCUUAGGCGGCAGAGCGUUACCACCUCUGCCCAAGAAAGUGGAAGAAGGUGACGAAGAAACCGACAAGCAAGCCUUAGAUUUUGCAACAAGUAUUCAAAAAGUUAAAGAUUAUGGCUGGUAUUGGGGACCAUUGUCUAGUGAAGCAGCCGAGAAAAUCCUCUCCAACGAACCAGACGGCUCAUUUAUUGUAAGAGACAGCAGUGAUGAUCACUACAUUUUUUCCUUGACUUUUAAAUUGAACAACAGCGUCCGGCAUGUGCGGAUCGAGCACUUCCAAGGCAACUUCAGCUUCGGGAGUUGCACGAAAUUCAAGUCGCAAACCAUAGUGGAAUUCAUCGAAAAUGCCGUGGAGCAUUCUCGAAGUGGCCGCUACCUAUUUUUCUUGCAUAGAAGGCCGGUAAUUGGACCUGUAAGGGUUCAGCUACUGCAUCCAUUCUCCAGAUUCAAACAAGUGCAAAGUUUGCAGCAUAUCUGCAGGUUUAUAAUACAUAAGAACGUGCGGCGCGAUCUAAUUCCCGAUCUGCCAUUGCCUCGCCGCAUGAUUGACUAUCUAAACACUCCACACUAUUACUCUGAACGGUUUGUGGAUUUGCCCGAUAUGCCUGAAGAUGCGGAACUUUCCUCCGAAGAGAACACUUUGCAUUGUAGCUUCGUCCCGCCAGCUCCGAGCAAUAACUUACAGGUUUCGGACAAUCGCAGCCGCGAAAAUAGUCCCGCCCCUAGCCUAUACAGAAGUCAGUCUCACUUAGUACCUGUGAACGAGUAUAUCGUCUUCAAUAACCCCAGAAAUGAAGGUACUGUUGCCAGUAGUCAUAGACAAUCUUGAAACUUUUUUGCGCGCGUUUCUUGCCCAUACCGCGAAAUGAUCGUUCUCUUCGUUUCGACUGCUGACGGGAAGCAAAGUUUCGAAUUAAUUUUAGUUCAAGUCUGGUAUACAUAUAAAUCGAACAAACAAUUUACAAGGGUAGUAGGUUAAGAAACUAUACAGGGGUUUGCGUCAUUAAUGUGAGGGGAGUUAGUCUUAGUUUUGAAAACAUCACAAUGAAGACUUAUUUUAUGUUGCAUCAACCCAGACUGAAAUUGAAGGAACAAUAAAAACACAUAUUUUUAGUUGGUUCAGAUUCGUUUCUUACACGUACUAUUCGAUGCAAUUUUGACGCACUCCGUAUGAAAAGUCCACCGGGCUGUAUAAAUGAAUCGGUUAGUCUUUAAGGUUUAAACCAAAGUUUUUAUGUGAUCUAACUUAUUUUAAAGGAUAUAGUGACUUAGCUGAUAGAGAUAGAAUAGCAACUGUAGGAGUUACUGGGUACAAACUUGAUACCGGGACAACAGUAAUAGUUACUCGAAGGUGUUGUAGGAUGGAAAAACAAAUAAUUCGCUAUUGUUUCAAUAGACUUACGGUCAUACGUUGUUGAGCAUUCGAUAAACCAACCCUCAAAGGGUUCACAAGCUAUUGAUCAUUCUAAGAAAAGCGCUGGUUAUUAGCUUUACUAGAAUAACUGCCGUUUAUUUCCAAGAGAGUAUUUUUUAAAUCUGUGGUAGUAGUUCUUUCGGACUGCUACUACUGGAUGAAUUCCAGCUAAAACAGUAUGAGAAAUAGGUCAGCAUAAAUACGCACAAUCUUAGGAUUUUUUUAAUUAUUUUGAUGCUGUUUGUGGAUUUAUUUCGAGGUUCAUAUAUUAAUAAUCAUAGAACAGAAUCGCCAAGUAUCGUCUUUAAGUGGCAUAGCAUUUUUAAGCCAAGUAGGUUGUGAUUGGAUAUGUAUAUUAUUUUUGGUAGAUAUUUUUGUUCCUAUUUAACUUCCUACAAGAUUUAUAUCUUUGUUACAUAAUUUUAGCCCUACUGACUAAAUAAAUAGCAUGGUAUAAAGAAA